AUGCCGAGUUCAUGCGCAGAUAUCAGAGAGGCACUGGCCCAAUGUCUACAGGAAUCGGACUGCAUUAUGGUCCAGCGGCACACGCCGCGUGAGUGCUUGAGCUCUCCGUUGGCUGAGGAGCUACCUAUGAAAUGCCAACAGUUGAAGAAGGGAUUCAGCGAGUGCAAGCGUGGCAUGAUCGAUAUGCGAAAACGCUUCCGCGGAAACCACCCAAUCUCUGUUGCGAAAGAAAUGGACGGCAAACCAUCACAGUCUGAUCAGCUCUACGCUGGAAAGCCGGCUUACACAACUGUCAAGGAGAUCAGUGGAGAUGAGGUGCAGAUGGACCCAGAGAAGACUCGAGGUCUGUAA